AUGGAGAGGAUCAAACAGCGACUUCAAUGGCUGAAGAAUCAAGGCCACUGUGAACAAGUAGGUUAUGUUAUUUUGUCAGGUGGGCUUGGGAGUUCGGCAUACGUACGCGAGGCACUCCAAGAACACUUGACAAAACUACAACACCCCAACGCUCGAAACAUCAUCGUUAUACCGUCACAAGAUCCACAGCUUGUUGUCGCUCGCGGGGUUCUUGAGAAUAAACGUCAGAGGAUGGAAUCGGGUAAUAAGUCUGUUCUGAGCUCAUGGAUCGCUCGAGCAAGUUACGGCGUCGUCGUACAGCAGAUUUAUAUGCCUGCACAGCACUUUGACGAAGACAUUCGGCAACAUCCAUGGAAUCCAGAUGUGAAGUGGGCAACCAACCAGAUUCAGUGGUUAAUAAAAAAGGGAGAUACUGUGAAUCCUGACACCCCAAUCAAUAAGCUCUUCGAGAUGAGACUGAAAGACGGAGACACAACACGAGCUUGGGACGCAGAAAUCGUGGUAUCAAACAAUGAACCACAAUGGCUCCCUCGAAGUCUUAAACAGGCUGGUGCGAUGAAACUCUGCUCUGUGAAGAGCAAUCUCGCUGGUAUUGAGCAACACCAACUUGUUCUCAAAGAGAAACGAAGAACUUGUUUUCGGCGUGGUCAUAAGUUCUACAUUUGUAGAUUUGAUAUCCGAGUUAUCGUGGCACCGGUCGAUCUGAGGUUUGAGUUGUGGGUCAACAAGACAAAGUUCUCGGGAAAUCACCAGCCAGUCUCAGUCCAAUGGGAUGCGGCUGAGGCGUAA